AUGAGGGUACAAGGCUGGGAUCCGGUCAUGAUAAUAUGUCAAGUUCGUAUAAUAACACUUCAAACCAUUCAUUACUUAACCUUAUCAAUCCUCAUCCCCCCAUUCCUCACAUCAUUCACCACUCCUGUCCUACUUUCUUACUCUGGUGGUCCAUCGACGGUAUCGCACAUAAUGGACUGGCGGGAGAUGGCUGCCAAACCCACUAUAUCCAGAACUUCUUUUCCUGGUGUAGAGGGUUUGAGGAAAUUACGUGGAGCUUGGGCAGGAGGUAAAGAGAUUGGAGCAGUGCCCUCUUCCGCGGACGACCUGCCCCAGAAUAACCAGGACAUAGAAGAGGAAGAAGGGGCGUACGAUGAGUAUUGGGAAUAUGGAGUGGACCGUAGGAGAGGCUGGGUUUUGGGCGGGGUAUGGCUGGUGACGUUUGUGAUCGAUAUCGCUCCUCUAUAUUACUUGAUACGCCGUCCGACAUAUAUACUGGAUUUCUCUCUUACACUGAUAUUCAACCAUUUCAUAUUGACUACCUAUUACUCUACUUCGUUUCCUACGUCUAUAUUCUUCUGGUUGAUCCAGAUAAUAGGAGCGGUUGUGAUGGUUGUGAUCUCCGAACAUCUCUGCGUGAAAAGGGAGAUGCGCUCAGAGUUAGAUAUUGGUUGGCAACCCAAUCUAGAAUCUGGCUCAGCUCAGACUCAAGGUCUACUAGAAAAUCAAGAACCAGGUCCGAGUGGUACAGGAUCUCGAGCUGAGGCUAUAGAGUUGCAGGAGAGAUAG